AAAGACUGAUCGGUCGAAUUAAAUACGCAAAAAAAAACAUUUGAAUAUAUCCAAGAGAUAAUAAAUGUAAUGUAGUACAUAAAUAGUUAAUAGUGACAUUUCAACUUCUAAUGUGUGUUUUUAUGUGGACAAUACAAGAGCCUUUCUACUCAACUCUUUGUUACUCUGACCUUACACUCAUGUGACACACUGACGCAUUAUCAAUUACACACACAUACAUUUAUAACGUAAUAUGUCUGUUUCUAUAUAUUAAUGAGCUUUUGCUUCUGCUAAGUUUCUAUCCAAUAUGUUUUGUGCAUCGCAAGCAUCGACGGCUACCGCUAGCCAUGACGAACGGAGCGUUGCAGCUCGAGCCAUCGACCGUCAUAAUCCCAUUAUCAAAGAUGGUCGGAGAUCUUUCACGGCACCUUGCUCUUCCGGCGACGACUACAUUGCACCAUACCGUCAGCUUUCGAAAGUUACGAGGAUACCCUCCACCUCCGGUGAAGGGAAGAUGAUUCAGGUGGUGGAGAAAGGAAGAAAGAGCACUUCAGGGUCGUUGCUGAAGCUCAGUGAUAACAUCAGCUUAGCGAGGAAGAGUUUUGGAUGUGUUGCGGGACCUGCGUGUGACGUUACUGAAAGCACACCUCCUGGUUCUACUAGGUAUCUUCUUGGAUCCGAACCGGUUUCUUCGGGUAAGGAUACGGUUGUAACGGAGGAGGGUGAACCUUCUUUGGCGAAGAGAGGCACUGGUGCUGCCGACGAAGAUAAGAAGAAGACUUCUUCUGGUUCAGACCAGGUGGUUGUUCUUAGAGUGUCUCUUCACUGUCAUUGCAGAGGCUGUCAAGGCAAAGUGAAGAAACAUUUAUCUAGAAUGCAAGGUGUGACAUCUUUCAGCAUAGAUUUUGCAUCAAAGAAGGUAACUGUGACUGGAGACGUCACUCCCUUGGAAGUACUAGGCUGCCUCUCAAAGGUCAAAAAUGCCCAAUUCUGGACACCACCUCCUCCACCUCCAUCAUCACUCCCAAGGGCAACUCUUGAAAACUAAAAACCACACUCAUUAUUGUAUUUCUAUUUCUCUUUCUCCCAUUUGUUUGAAUCAAAUCAAUGGUAAAGGUUUAGACUUAACCUACUUCAUUUUCAUUGUUCAUUAAGAAAGACCAAAACUUCCAGAUGAUGAUUGAUGCUUGUUUAUUCAUUACCUAAUGUGAUGAAACUAUCAUUACAUAUUA